UUUUUUUGUUUUCAGUAGCGUUUGACCCAUUCAACCAAAGAGGAUUCACCAUGUCAGCACAAAAGACAUACCUUGAGCGCUCGAAAUUGCAUUCCAACCCUACAGCCAAGGCUUUCUUAGAGCUCAUGGAGCGCAAGAAGUCUAAUCUGUCACUUGCUGCUGAUCUUACUUCCAAAGCUGCAUUGCUUGAGCUUGCAGACAAAGUUGGACCAUACAUUUGUCUACUCAAGACUCAUAUUGAUGUUGUAGACGAUUUUGAUCAAGAUUUAGUCACCCAACUUACUGCUUUGGCCAAGAAGCAUGAUUUUAUGAUCUUCGAGGAUCGCAAGUUUGCUGAUAUUGGAAAUACUGUCAAGCUUCAGUAUAGUUCAGGAGUAUACAAGAUUGCAUCGUGGUCUGAUAUCACCAACGCUCAUACUGUACCAGGUGAAGGUAUUAUCCAAGGAUUGCGUGAGGUCGGUUUGCCCUUGAACAGAUGUCUACUUUUGUUGGCAGAGAUGUCAUCUGCAGGAACUCUUGCUAAGGGUGAUUAUACCAAUACAACAGUUGAAUUGGCUCGCAAGUAUAAGGAUUUUGUGGUUGGAUUCAUUGCAAUGCGUCGAUAUGAGGACAAGGAAGGGGAUGACUUUAUCUAUAUGACCCCUGGCGUUGGCUUGGAUCAGACCUCAGAUGGAUUGGGUCAACAGUGGAAGCACCCCCGAGAGGUUGUGUAUGAACGUGGAUGUGAUGUUAUCAUUGUAGGACGUGGUAUAUAUGGCAAGGGCAAAGACCCGGCCCAUGAAGCCAAGAAGUACCAGGAGGCUGGCUGGAACGCAUACUUGGAGAGGAUUUCUCAAUAAUAAUAGGUAGUAAGAAAAAUAAACUCAAGAGUCCGGGGACUGCUCUUUGAAGGAGGGAUCAGCCACAGGUGCGAACAAACAAAUGCUUCGCGAGUCUAAAGAAAGGGUCGAGGAACGCGAAAUGAAGUAGC